AUGGCUAUUUUCGUCAAUAAUUAUUCUGGUCAUUGUGGUGCACCUACUUAUUAUGCUUUUGCAUUUUCUAUCUACUUAUUCAUUUUUAUUGGAAUUCUUCCACCAGCUUUUAUGAUUUCAUUUGGUGUAUUAACUUGGCAUAAUUUAAAGCAAAUUCGAUCACGAGUUGCACCUAGAAACGAUCCUACUCGAUUUCGUUUGGUCAAAGCUGAUCGUGAUUUGAUAAAAAUGUUAGCUGGUGAGGUAUUGGUCUAUUUAGUGACUACAGUUGUUUAUCCUGUUAAUACACUUUAUGGUGUUAUCACAACACCUAUUGCACAACAAAAGAGUGAACUACGAUUAGCUAUUGAAGACCUCGCUGGAUAUAUAUUACACGGUGCUAGUGGUUCGCAAGAUCUCGAUAACAAAUUAUUCAAACAAUUUGAUAAUGGUAACGGUCAUUUAUCAUUAGCUGAAAUCGAUCGAGCUAUUAUUCAAUUUUAUCCACAAUUUGGUACCAAUAAGAAAGCAAUUAUGCGAGCAUAUAAAGCAGCUGAUACUAGCGGUAAUGGUUUUGUUGAAUUAAAAGAAUUCGAAAAAAUUGUUCACCUACUCAAACAAUAUAAUGAAAUAAGCAAAAUAUUUGAAGAAUUAGAUACAAAUGAUGAUCAUCGUAUUAGUUUUAAUGAAUUUAAACAAGGUUUUCAAUUAUUAGGUGAAGAUGAUUCAGAUGAAGAUAGUUUACAAGAAGAAUUUGAUGCUAUUGAUUCCAAUGAUGGUGGUUAUAUUCUAUUUGAUGAAUUUUGUAUGCACAUGGCCAAGAAAAAAUUACAAUAA